AUGGCUUCCGCUGCGGCGUCGCGCCCCCCGGCCCCGCCGCCGCCGCCUCCCCCGCCCCCGCCGUCGGCCGCGAUGCAGUGGCUCGGCCCGCGCGUCUCCUUCAGCCUCGAGGACGCCGGCGGAUGCACGGCUGCGGGGGGUGGGGCAGCGGGGAAGGCGAGCAACGACUUCGAGUUCCUGCUCGCCGGCUGCUCGGCCGUCUCCACCAUGCUGCCCGCCGACGAGCUCUUCUCCGGGGGCAAGCUCGUGCCGCUCCGCCUCCCGUCUUCGAGCGGCUGUUCGUCGGAGGUGGUGACCACGCGGCCUCCGCCGGCGCCGGCGGCGACAACGCAGCAGCAGCAGCAGCCGGAGACGCCGAGGGCGGAGGAGGAAACGAAGGAUGCGGUGGUGGAGGCGGAGCAGGCGGCGGAGGAGCCCAAGGUUCCGGCCAGGAGGUGGAGGGACCUGCUCCGGAGGCGGAAGCAGCAGGCGUCGUCCUCCUCCUCCUCGUCCACGGAGACCAAGCAGCCGCUCCGCCGCCUCCUCCGCCGCGGGCCGAAGCCGCCCGAGCAGGAGCCGUCCCUCAGCCUCCCGCUCCUCCGCGACCCCAACGAGCCCGACAAGCCCGCGCCGGCACCCGCAUCGGCCCCGACUCCAUCGCCGACCCCGCCGCCUCCCGUCAGCACAUCGCAGCACCAGCUCCCGCCAAAGAUCCGGCUCACGGCGGCGCAGGUUGCCGCGCCGCCACCCCCGCCACCCCCUCCUCCACCUCCUCCCUCCGCCGUGGCCGCCGACAGCCCGCGCCUGAACGCGGCCGGCAAGGUGGUGUUCAACGGGCUGGGCCGCAGCUCGAGCAGCCCGAGCAGCCUGGCGGGCGGGCGGCGCCACCGGUCCGGGUCCGGCGGCAGCGGCAUGGAGCGGUCCUACUCGGCGCACGUGCGCGUGACGCCGGUGCUGAACGUGCCCGUCUGCCGCAAGUCCGUGUCCGUGUUCGGCAUCGACCGGCUCUUCUCCCCGUCGUCCGCGUCCACCGCCGCCGCCGCCCACGCGGCCGCGAAGAAGCAGGGGAAGGUGGCGAAGAAGGAGGCGACCGCACCACCACCACCACCAUCCUCCUCGCACUAA